AUGCCAGGCCAGAUAAUCAGCACUCCGUUUUUGUCGCAGAACGAGGAUAUGGACAAGUACCUGUUGGAAUACCGCAACUUGAAGCUGAUCCAUCAGUCGAGCAACUCUUUCCAGUCUCGCAACGCUCCUCCUCACCAAUCAAACUACCACUCGCACUACAGUCAAUUGAAAUACAGCAACACCAAUGGCUACUACUAUAACAACAGCAACAGCAACAGCAACCCUCAUAACCAGGCUGGUCUACAAUCUAUGAACAGAUCUGUUCCAUCGUCUCCAUACGGGGCCUACAAUCACAACAGACCCAAUGAAAUACCAUACAUGAAUGCCCAAAAGAAACACUACAGGUUCAACACAAACAACAACAACCUAAACCAACAGAAAUAUAAACAGUACUCGCAAUACUCGUCUAACCCGGUGGUUACUGCGCAUUUGAAGCAGACCUAUCCCCAAUUGUACUAUAAUAGCAAUGCCAAUGUUCAUCCCAACAACAACAACAAUAACAACAACAGCAAGAAUGCUCUUUACAAUCAGGCACAAUUCUCCACAAGAUAUUUCAACUCAAACUCGUCCCCCUCGUUGACCUCGUCCACUUCGAACUCCUCCUCUCCAUACAACCAAACCAGCUUUGAAUACAUAUUGCCAUCAACGUCAGCGCCUUCCACAAAUCUUUCAUCGUCAUCAUCGAACAACUCCACGCACACCGUCCCCACAACAGCAGCAUCCGCCUCCACCGACUUGAUUAAUGACUUGCCCACGGUUCCCAGCGCCAGUUCACACGUCGCAGAUUCGCAACCUACGCCAACCAUACCAUUUUUACCAACCAAUCAAGCCCUGCUAAUGUCUUCCGCCGCUCCUGGCCCAAUCGGCGCCAACAUACGCCUACCACAAUCUUCACCAUCUCCAUCGCUAAGAGAUGAUUUCGCCACUGCGCCUGCAAACAUGUCUUCAUCCUCCUCGCUCUUGAUGAAUGAUUCUUCAUUAGGAUGGGGGUCUAACCACAUGAACGUGUCUUCAUCUUCCCAACCGGCCUCCUCAAGGCCUUUUGGCAUUUGGAAUAAUGAUAUGAGUGUCUGGAGUUAA